CCCGCGUCCUCUCGUCGGUCCUUAGCCCUGACGUAGCCGUGACCCGCGCUCUGCCGAGGCAGGCCGCUCCGCCGCGCAUCUCAUCUGGAGCCUGGGGAGGUCCCCAAAGCCACCGGAAGCGCUGUUGAAUGAGAAACCCACGCGUACAGAGUUCAGAUGGCAGGCUUCCUGGACAACUUCCGAUGGCCGGAGUGCGAGUGUAUUGACUGGAGUGAGCGCAGGAACACGGUAGCCUCCGUGGUUGCAGGAAUCUUGUUCUUUACAGGCUGGUGGAUAAUGAUCGAUGCGGCCGUGGUGUAUCCUAAGCCUGAGCAGCUAAACCACGCCUUCCACACGUGUGGUGUCUUCUCCACGCUGGCCUUCUUCAUGAUAAAUGCUGUAUCCAAUGCCCAGGUGCGAGGUGACAGCUAUGAGAGCGGCUGCUUAGGAAGAACUGGAGCUCGGGUCUGGCUCUUCAUCGGUUUCAUGUUGAUGUUCGGAUCGCUUAUCGCCUCCAUGUGGAUCCUUUUUGGUGCAUAUGUUACUCAAAAUAUUGAUGUUUACCCUGGACUAGCUGUGUUCUUUCAAAAUGCACUUAUAUUUUUUAGCACUCUGAUCUACAAAUUCGGAAGAACUGAAGAGCUCUGGGCCUGAGAUCACCUCACACACACCACGCCUUCCUCUUGUUCCACGCCUAGCUUCCUUUUUCUCUGGUAUAGUCUACAUAUUGCCAAAUGGAGCACAUCGUGUGCUCAGAGGUUUCUGUCUUCAUAGUUUUGUGCCCUGAGUUUUGAAUUGCUUUUGAAAAUGUCUAUCUUGGUUUUUCAUCAACUAGACAAGUUAAUAUGAUAGAAUACAUCAUCACUACAUAUACAUGAUACUGAAUGUCAGGUUUUUAUUCCCAAGACUAAGAUUGGUGAGUCCUGAGCCAGGGUUAUAUUGUCUUGGUGUUAGAGGUAAAUACUCUGACUUGGUGUCUCUGAGGUUUGAAAACGUGCAAAAUACACAGCUCUGUGUCUCUGGAGGCCCUGAGCUGUUAACGAAGGCAUUUCUGCCAGGUGUAACUUACUUUGGCUUAGAAAUGAGUUGGUUUUUUUUAAAGGAAAAAUGUUUGUGCAUAUGUUUUAAAGAGCUGGACUUUUUAUAUGAAGAUUUUUUAAAUGCCCAAAGGACUAGUUUGAAAGCCCCCUUUACAAAGAAUUCCUCUAACUUGACUUUUGCUUGAGAAGGGAUAACACAGAGAUAAACUCCAUUUUGUGGAAAGAUGGUAGGCAGCUGAGCCGUGUGUCCCCAUCUUACCAAGCUACUUCGAUGCCCGGGUGUCAAGGACGGCUUGCCACCAUCUGGCGUUACACACGGCAAGGGACCCUGCUGCAGGUGCUGUGUAGACAUGGCCAAGUGGAAUAACUAGCUAAGACCAUCCCGAAGGGCGCUGUGACCUACGGAAGGUCAGACGCUCGACUCACGUCAUUCUGGACUCCCUCUGCUGUCCCAGGCUCUCAGGCUCUGGGUGACACUCCACACCAGACGCUCCUUCCCUGUGUUUGACGCUGUGCUCGCCCCGUGUAUGUUUCUGUGGGCCUUUCCCUGGGGUCAGGAUUUUGUGUUGCACUUUUAACCCCAGAGGACCUUUCUAAGCCCUUGUGCUGUAAGCAGUAGUGAGGAUGGCAGUGGCGCACCUUCUGACGCGGGCCUCACCUUACCUAGCAGUUCUCAGAGAGGCCCCUCCAAGCACAGCGUGUGAAGCAGCUGCUGAUCGCUGCGCCCAUUCUGAUGCAUCUUGCUUCACUGUUUUCCCAUCAGUCCCUCAAAAGGCCAGCUUUGUCUUGCUUCCAGCAAACUACAGAGCUAACGACACGUUUCCAUUCAUAGAACAUGCAGUAAAUGUCCCUCUCACACACGCUGCAGUUAGGUGUGGGGGACGCAAAACACAGCCUGGCUCUGUCCAUUCUCACUGUCCGCGACGCGCUCAUAAGCAAGGAGAGGACGCACUGGACCACAGCAUGCUCAUGCAGAGGUUUAUGACGGGUAGCCCUGAGGACCGACUGGAAAUGCUGGUGGCUUCCUCUCUAUUCAUGAAUUUUGUUUUAGUUGUGAACAAAUCUGUUGAUUUCCUGUUUGUUGUUUCAUUAAACAAGAGAAAUGACAUUAGUAUCCUCAUAGAUAUUAUGAGUCAGAAUUCUUGGUAAUCAUCUAAAAUGCACAGUUCUCUUAAUAAAGGUCUCAAGCUCAA